CCAAGAAGCGCUCGUUAUCGCAAUGGCUCUGGUUCGUGUGAGUUGCAUGCUGGCCCUUUUGCUGAUUGCCGGCCAAGGCCAGGCGGCGCCCGUCAAGGCCCAAGGUCGCACCUUGGGCCUUCUGGGCGGUGGAUUUGGCGGCAGUGUGGGCCUUAGUGCCGGCAUCGGAGUGGGUGGUGGCCUGUAUAGCGGAUUCGGAGGCGGUGGCUAUCCCAGUGGCUACCCAGGCGGCUAUGGUGGUGGCUACUCAGGCUACCCCGGAUACGGCAGCGGUGGCUUCGGAGGCGGCUACUAUCCAGGAGGAGGUUACUCCGGUUUCGGACACAGGCCUCACCACCACGGAGGAUACUACCCGGGCGGUGGAUCUUACUACAAUCAGGGCGGAUCCUAUGGCGGCCAUUAUAGUCAGUCGCAGUACUCCAAUGGAUAUUACGGAGGCGGUGGUUAUGGAGGCGGUGGCUAUGGAGGCAAUGGCUUCUUUGGAAAGUAAAGAUGCCAGAUCUUACCGCCGAAAUAGUAAAGUACUUGUGAUGGACACUUUGUAAUUUGUAAAUAAACGAAGACACAUAACCAGA